AACCUACCCGCUCGCUCUUUCCUCCUCGGACUCUCCACUAGAUAUAGCCGACGGGGCUUCGCUUGGAAGCAGAGCAAGUGCUCGGUGCUGCUCAGUCCACGUUGCUGUUGAAGAAACGAGCGAGCGAGCUGGCGAUGAAGUCCGUCGACGGCGACGCGCCGGCGGUGAGCACCGCGGGGGAGGCCGCGCGGAUGGUGUGGGAGGAGUCCAAGCGCCUCUGGGGCAUCGGCAUGCCCAUCGCUAUCGCCACCCUCAGCUUGUUCGCCGUCAGCUCCGUCACCACCAUCUUCGUCGGCCACCUCGGCAACCUGCCGCUCGCCGCCGCAUCCAUCGGCCUCUCCGUCUACUCCACCUUCGCCCUCGGAUUCCUACUCGGCAUGGGGAGCGCGCUGGAGACGCUCUGCGGCCAGGCGUUCGGCGCCGGCCAGGUCGCCAUGCUCGGCGUCUACCUGCAGCGUUCAUGGAUCGUCCUCACCGCCGCCGCGCUCCUCAUGGUGCCCUUCUUCGUCUUCGCCGAGCCGCUGCUCCUCGCCAUCGGCCAGGACGCCGCCGUGGCGCACGAGGCCGCGCGCUUUGCGCUCUACAUCCUCCCCGGCACCUUCUCCUUCGCCGUCAACUUCCCCACCGGCAAGUUCCUGCAGGCGCAGAGCAAGGUCCUCGUACUCGCCUGGAUCGGCAUCGCGGGGAUCUGCUUCCACGUCGCGCUCACCUACCUAGUCGUCACCGUCCUCGGGUGGGGAACCCCUGGCGCCGCGGCCGCAUACGACAUCUCGCUCUGGGCCGUCGCGCUGGGCCAGGCGGCAUACAUCAUCGGCUGGUGCAAGGACGGGUGGAGUGGGUGGUCCAUGGCGGCGUUCAACGAUAUGUGGGACUUCGUCAAGCUCUCAAUCGCGUCCGCCGUCAUGCUCUGCCUCGAGAUUUGGUACAUCGGCCUCAUCACCGUCGUCACCGGCGAUCUCGAGGAUGCGCAGAUUGCCGUCGAUUCGCUUGGCAUCUGCAUGAACGUAAACGGAUGGGAGGGUAUGAUCUUCAUCGGUCUCAAUGCUGCUAUCAGUGUCCGAGUCUCCAACGAGCUGGGUUCUGGCCGUCCAAGGGCAGCGAAGCACGCUGUAAUCGUCGUCAUCGCCGAGUCGCUGCUCAUCGGCCUGAUAUGCAUGGUCCUCGUCUUGAUCUUCAGAAAUAAAUUCUCCAUCAUCUACACGAGCGAUGUGGAGCUCCAGCACGCAGUCUCCAAGAUUGCAGGACUGCUCGGAUUGACCAUGGUGCUCAACAGCGUGCAGCCUGUGAUUUCAGGCGUUGCUAUCGGAGGAGGAUGGCAAGGCCUUGUCGCAUACAUCAACCUAGGCUGCUACUAUGUUUUCGGAUUACCCUUGGGCUACCUUCUCGGCUACAAGCUCAACUACGGAGUUAUGGGGAUUUGGUCUGGCAUGCUUUGCGGGAUUGCACUUCAGACACUGAUUUUACUCUUCAUAGUGUGGAGAACAGAUUGGAGUGCAGAGGCUGCGCUAGCUUCAAGAAAUGUGCGAAAGUGGAGCGGCACCGAUGAAACCAAACCUCUCCUAGAAGAGAAUUAGAGCACCGGAGCAUGUUUUAUCUCAGUUAACACUCUGCAUUUCUCCAUAAUGAGAGGACUUUCUGGCUAUUGGUUAUGUUGGAUCAUGUAUUAAUUGAAUAUGAUAUCAGAGUCAAUAGUUCUCAAGUUCAAGACUUGUCCAACGAGCUAUUAAUUAGAAAGUUUAGCAAAUUUCAUGAUUUCAUUAGUUCAAUAUGUAUUAUUAUGAGCCUGAAUGGUCAGGCACAUCUUUGUACGUA